AUGCUGCAGAUCCAAGCUCCCCAGAAUGUCGGGCUGGGCUGGGAAUGGAGACCAUAUGCCGGGUGGACACGGAAACUCAGAGGAGAGGACCUGUGGGACGCUGCAGUGCUUCCUCUGGAGAGGCAGCCCCACGAGGCCACCCCACAGAACAGCAUUGGGAGGACGAAGGAGCUGAUUGGGAGGAAAGUCAAUGUCAGGGCCAGAAACCGCAUUUGCAGGGUGGCCCUGCACUGGGCUGCAGGCACAGGACAUGAGCAAGCUGCGCGGCUGCUCCUGGAGCAUGGGGCCGCUGUGGACGACCAGGAUGUGGUACAGGACGCCUCAUGGAGGCGCGUCUGUUUUGGGAUGAAUGGACUUCUGUCGGCCUGGUUUGGCCACUUGCAUAUCCUCCAGAUCCUGGUCAACUCUGGGGCCAAGACCCACUGUGAGAACAAGGACAGCCUGACCUUACUGCACUGUGCAGCCCAAAGAGGCCAUUUGGCGCUGGCGUUCAUAAUGGAGGACCUGGAGGACGUAGUCCUGGACCACACGGACAAGCUGGGAAGGACAGCAUGCCAUGCUGCCAGGCAUGGGCGGCUGGAUGCUCUGGACUUCCGUGUAGGCUCUGGCUGCGACCACAGUGUCAGAGACAAGGCGGGGAACACAGCCCUUUGCCUGGCUGCAGGCCGGGGCCACCUGGCUGUGCUGCAGCGACUCGUGGCCAUCAGGCUGGACCGGGAGGAGCGGAGCGCGGUGAGUCCGACCGCGCUGCGUGCAGCUGCUGACGGGACCCACGCCGACUGCGGGCAGCUCCUCCUGGGGGCCCAGAGCUACGGGAACGCCCUCGCCCAGAGAAAGCAGAGCUGCCUCCAUUCAGCCCUUGGUGGCUCCCAGUACAUGGCCUGGGCCCUCAUCCACACAGGAGGCCGCAUCAACGUGGCUGAUCAUGUAAGUGUGGGGCCUGCAUAUGUACCUCUACAUGUAUGGGAUGACAUAUGUACAAAUUUUUGCACUAUUGUUUGUAACAGCAAAAGAUUGGAAUCCACAUUUCAAGGAGAAAACGUCCUGGCGGCGGCCGCCCGCAGCAGCCACAUCAGCCUGGUGGACGUGAUCAUAAAAGCUGAUCGUUUCUACAAAUGGGAGAAGGACCACCCCUCACGUAAGGACCCCAGUGACACCUUCCAGAAGAGCUUGACCUUUAAGCAGGACCAUCAACAGGAAAUGCAGCAGCUCCACUCUGUGCUGUGGCGACUGGCCUCCAGGUACCUGCAGUCCCGUGAGUGGAAGAAGCUCGUGUAUUGCUGGGAAUUCACCGAGGCCCAUGUCCAUGCCUGUACCAAGAGCUACAGGGAGCACGGCCAUCAGAUGCUGCUCAUUUGGCUGCAUGAGCUCAUAGCAAGGGAGCCAGAGCUCGGUCAGGCCUGCGUCACAGCUGAGCUUCUCCCUCUGCCAAUCCAUCUCCUCUUCACGACCUUCCUUCCUUGGAAACUUCGUAAACAUCUCGCAUCCAAAGUUUCACCGCAGCAGCUGCUUCCACCUGAGUGCUGGGGUGGAGUGGUGGGGGUGGGGGCCAAGACGGCUGAGCUUCUACCCGGGGAAGCUGAGAAACAGUGA